AAGAGACAAAAAUGGAAUAAUGGUUGAAUUUGGUGGUAUCCCUGUAUCCAGGAGGAGGGGUAGAGAGAUUACAACCCUGCCAGGAUGGUUUAUUAACUCUAGAGUUAGACCUGGGCUUAAAAUACCCUCCCAGGUUGAAGACCUACUUCAUAUCGAACCCUUACUCUGCCUAGAAGAAGAUGAUAUGCUAGGUCUAGUUCCGAACCUAGAUCUUCAAAACUUUAAUCCUGAACCUCCCAUUUACGCUCUCAGGUUCUGCCCUGUUCCCGGGUUUGAAUCUAUUCUUGGUCUAGUAAAUGAGGAUGGAAAUAUUGCAUUCCAGGAUAUCAAUCAAUCUACUCCACGUAUGCCUCUGCUUGGUGAAUCUGCGCACAAAAAUGCAAUUUUUGAUUUUGCCUGGUCUCCUGUAGACGCUAAACUAAUGGUCACAGUGUCAGGGGAUCAGAAGGCCCGACUCUGGGAUCUAGGAGACGGUUCUCUGAACAGGUUGCGUGAAUACCGAGGUUACACUAGAAGCUUGAAAUGUGUUGAAUGGAAACCAAUGUCUCGGCAUGAAUUUGCUACUGGAGCCAGAGAUAAUAACAUAUUUCUAUGGGAUACUCGCAGUCCUAGUGAUACAAAUCCAGAAAAUAUAAUUAGGUGCGCGCACGCGCAUUCUACACGUCGAGGAGCAGCUAGCGCGUCUGUGACUGGUUUAGUUUGGUUGGAUGAAUACAGUCUUGUUUCUGUGGGUGGCAAUGAUGGUGUUAUUAAGGUUUGGGAUAUGAGGAAGAACUAUUCUCUUUAUAAGAAUGAUCCAAUUCCUAGACAAGAAAUACAUCAUCCAGGAACCUCAGGAAACCAGGGAUACACUAGUAUUCUUCACACUCCACAUUCCUGUUAUAUUUAUGUUUCCUGUCUGGACAGCAAAAUAUAUAAAUAUGAUAUUAUCAAUGCCCAUCAAAGACCUGUGAAUACCUACACUGGAGCAGAUAUAGGAAACUUCUUCAUUAAAUCUAGUUUAUCCACCUGUGGAACCUACCUAGCAAGUGGGAGCUGUAAUAAUAGUGUUUAUAUCUGGAAUACAAACAGUCCAGGGGGUGCCGUAGCAUUACUUGGUCCUCAGGAGGAGGCUGUUACAUGUGUUUCCUGGAAUUUCAAAGAGAAUAUACUCGCUGCCUGUACAGAUGAUACUAGACACAGAAUUUGGAGACCCCAACGGUGCACAGAUACUCUCCGUAUCCGGGGACGGGCUAAAAUGACCGGAGUGAAACCAACUCUAGAGUACCCAAGUCCGGUCAAUCCAAUACCUGUCACCCCUUCAACCGGGAGAAUACAACGUUUACCAAAGACUCCCACCAGUCAAAAGUCCCGAUUGAAAGUACAAACCCCGUCCAUUAAAUCUUUUCUGACUCCUAAAAAUUCCGGUUCUCCGUUCUCUAACGCAUCUUCAAAAAGCGUGAUGGCCGGAAGUUCGACCGGUUCAAAAAUUUUAGAAUUUUCCUCUCCUGUCAACUCCGGGAAGCGCGGUAAGAAAAGGCGGUUAAUGGAAGAAACUGAGGAAGAGAAAUAUAAUUCCACUCAAUCGGAUUCUAUCAAGAAAAGUAUUAAUGAUCUCCUACUAAACCCAAGUUCUCCGGUAAAAUGUCAGUUUUCUCCGAAUACAUAUAGAUCUCCGUCUAAAAACUUUAACUCCGUCUUUGGUUGUCUGGAACCUAGAUCUCCCAGACUCAUUCAAUCUCCCCUGAAGCGCACCUUGUUAGAAUCUCCACUCAGAUUAGCAGUAAGACGACCUCUAGAAAACCUCCAAUCUCCGACUGCUAAUCUACCAAACUAUAUCAAGGACGGAACGUCUCCGUUAUGUGUGUCCCAUGAGAAGCCGGCACGGAAGGCUGACUGGUUGACCCAGCUAUCUAUUGAGAAACAGAAGAGCAUGCCAGCCAAACCUGAGAGAACAAAAACUCCCAAAUCUCGCAAAAAGAUUGGAUACAAAAGCUGAGAAAAGCUCAAAUUCCAUGAUCUAAUUAAAAUAGAAAUAUUUAAAAUUUG